UCAUCUUGACUUCUGAAGAAAGAACUUGGCUUUGGAUUGCAAGGGAGCCUAAGGAGAGAGAGUUAGACACACUUAAAUAAUACCUCUGGCUGGGCUGAAUUUGUGGGAACUUAGGAAGUCAGAGUGUUGGAAAUACAGCAGCCUUUGAAGUGCCCUCUGUUAAUUUGGAAGGAUCUAAACGUGCCCCGUUCAAGACCUCUCCACCAACCCCGUCUGAUCUUGCGAUUUGCUCUUCUUGACUUUAAUUAGUAUCUAGGGAAGUCUAAACUUUGGACCUACCUCUUUUUUUGAUACUUAUUUUUGUACUUUUGCUCUCUGGGAUUGGUUUCUUAAACAAUCUGGAUCCUUUUUAAUAUGUCAAAAUGAGUCUGCUGAUGUUUACACAACUACUGCUCUGUGGAUUUUUAUAUGUUCGGGUUGAUGGAUCGCGUCUUCGCCAGGAAGACUUUCCCCCGCGGAUUGUGGAGCACCCUUCCGAUGUCAUCGUCUCUAAGGGAGAGCCCACGACUCUGAACUGUAAGGCCGAGGGCCGGCCAACACCCACCAUUGAGUGGUACAAAGAUGGGGAGCGGGUGGAGACGGACAAGGACGACCCCCGGUCCCACAGGAUGCUUCUGCCCAGCGGGUCCUUGUUCUUCUUGCGUAUUGUGCAUGGGCGCAGAAGCAAGCCUGAUGAAGGAAGCUACGUUUGUGUCGCAAGGAACUAUCUUGGCGAAGCAGUGAGUCGAAAUGCAUCUCUGGAAGUGGCAUUGUUACGAGAUGACUUCCGACAAAACCCCACAGAUGUUGUAGUGGCAGCUGGAGAGCCUGCAAUCCUGGAGUGCCAACCUCCCCGGGGACACCCAGAACCCACCAUCUACUGGAAAAAAGACAAAGUUCGAAUUGAUGACAAGGAAGAAAGAAUAAGUAUCCGUGGUGGAAAACUGAUGAUAUCCAAUACCAGGAAAAGUGACGCGGGGAUGUAUACUUGCGUUGGUACCAAUAUGGUGGGAGAACGAGACAGUGACCCGGCAGAGCUGACUGUUUUUGAACGACCCACAUUUCUCAGGAGGCCAAUUAACCAGGUGGUGCUGGAGGAAGAAACUGUAGAAUUUCGUUGUCAAGUCCAAGGAGAUCCUCAACCAACUGUGAGGUGGAAAAAGGAUGAUGCAGAAUUGCCAAGAGGAAGGUAUGACAUAAAAGAUGAUUACACACUAAGAAUUAAAAAGACCAUGAGUACAGAUGAAGGCACCUAUAUGUGUAUUGCUGAGAAUCGUGUGGGAAAAAUGGAAGCCUCUGCUACACUCACAGUCCGAGCUCGCCCUGUUGCUCCCCCACAGUUUGUGGUUCGGCCAAGAGAUCAGAUUGUUGCUCAAGGUCGAACAGUGACAUUUCCCUGUGAAACUAAAGGAAACCCACAGCCAGCUGUUUUUUGGCAGAAAGAAGGCAGCCAGAACCUACUUUUCCCAAACCAGCCCCAGCAGCCCAACAGUAGAUGCUCAGUGUCACCAACAGGAGACCUCACAAUCACCAACAUUCAACGUUCCGACGCAGGUUACUACAUCUGCCAGGCCUUAACUGUGGCAGGAAGCAUUUUAGCAAAAGCUCAGCUGGAGGUUACUGAUGUUUUGACAGAUAGACCUCCACCUAUAAUUCUACAAGGCCCAGCCAACCAAACGCUGGCAGUGGAUGGUACAGCAUUACUGAAAUGUAAAGCCACUGGUGAUCCUCUUCCUGUGAUUAGCUGGCUAAAGGAAGGAUUUACUUUUCUGGGUAGAGACCCAAGAGCAACUAUACAAGAGCAAGGCACGCUGCAGAUUAAGAAUUUACGGAUUUCUGAUACUGGCACUUACACUUGUGUGGCUACAAGUUCAAGUGGAGAGACUUCCUGGAGCGCAGUGCUGGAUGUGACAGAAUCUGGAGCAACAAUCAGUAAAAAUUAUGAUUUAAGUGACCUGCCAGGUCCACCAUCCAAACCGCAGGUCACUGAUGUUACUAAGAACACUGUCACCUUGUCCUGGCAACCAGGUACCCCUGGAACCCUUCCAGCAAGUGCAUAUAUCAUUGAGGCUUUCAGCCAAUCGGUGAGCAAUAGCUGGCAGACUGUGGCAAACCAUGUAAAGACCACCCUCUAUACUGUAAGAGGACUGCGGCCCAAUACAAUCUACUUAUUCAUGGUCAGAACGAUCAACCCCCAAGGUCUCAGUGAUCCAAGCCCCAUGUCAGAUCCUGUGCGCACACAAGAUAUCAGCCCACCAGCACAAGGAGUGGACCACAGGCAAGUGCAGAAAGAACUUGGAGACGUCCUUGUCCGUCUUCAUAAUCCAGUUGUGCUGACUCCCACCACUGUUCAGGUCACAUGGACGGUUGAUCGCCAACCACAGUUUAUCCAAGGCUAUCGAGUGAUGUAUCGUCCAACUUCAGGUCUGCAGGCUACAACUUCAUGGCAGAAUUUAGAUGCUAAAGUCCCGACUGAACGAAGUGCUGUCUUAGUCAACCUGAAAAAGGGAGUGACUUAUGAAAUUAAAGUCCGGCCAUAUUUUAAUGAGUUCCAAGGAAUGGAUAGUGAAUCUAAAACGGUUCGUACUACUGAAGAAGCCCCGAGUGCCCCUCCACAGUCUGUCACUGUCCUGACGGUUGGAAGCUACAAUAGCACAAGUAUUAGUGUUUCCUGGGAUCCUCCUCCUCCAGAUCAUCAGAAUGGGAUUAUCCAAGAAUACAAGAUCUGGUGUCUAGGAAAUGAAACGAGAUUCCAUAUCAACAAAACUGUGGAUGCAGCCAUUCGGUCUGUAAUAAUUGGUGGAUUAUUCCCAGGUAUUCAAUACCGGGUAGAGGUUGCAGCUACUACCAGUGCAGGGGUUGGAGUAAAAAGUGAGCCCCAGCCAAUAAUAAUCGGGAGACGUAAUGAAGUUGUCAUUACUGAAAACAAUAACAGUAUAACUGAGCAAAUCACUGAUGUGGUGAAGCAACCAGCCUUUAUAGCUGGUAUUGGUGGUGCCUGCUGGGUAAUUUUGAUGGGUUUCAGCAUCUGGUUGUACUGGCGAAGAAAGAAGAGGAAGGGACUCAGUAAUUAUGCUGUUACAUUUCAAAGAGGAGACGGAGGACUAAUGAGCAAUGGAAGCCGUCCAGGCCUUCUUAAUGCUGGUGAUCCCAACUAUCCAUGGCUUGCUGACUCUUGGCCAGCCACAAGCUUGCCAGUAAAUAAUAGCAAUAGUGGCCCAAAUGAGAUUGGAAAUUUUGGCCGUGGAGAUGUGCUGCCACCAGUUCCGGGCCAAGGGGAUAAAACAGCAACGAUGCUCUCAGAUGGAGCCAUUUAUAGCAGCAUUGACUUUACUACCAAAACCACUUACAACAGUUCCAGCCAAAUAACACAGGCUACCCCAUAUGCCACCACACAGAUCUUGCAUUCCAACAGCAUACAUGAAUUGGCUGUCGAUCUGCCUGAUCAACAAUGGAAAAGCUCAAUUCAGCAAAAAACAGAUCUGAUGGGAUUUGGUUAUUCUCUACCUGAUCAGAACAAAGGUAACAAUGGUGGGAAAGGUGGAAAAAAGAAGAAAAAUAAAAACUCUUCUAAACCACAGAAAAACAACGGAUCCACUUGGGCCAAUGUCCCUCUACCUCCUCCCCCAGUCCAGCCUCUUCCUGGUACAGAGCUGGAACACUAUGCAGUGGAACAGCAAGAAAAUGGCUAUGACAGUGAUAGCUGGUGCCCACCACUGCCAGUACAAACUUACUUACACCAAGGUAUGGAAGAUGAACUGGAAGAAGAUGAUGAUAGGGUCCCAACACCUCCUGUCCGAGGCGUGGCUUCUUCUCCUGCUAUCUCCUUUGGACAGCAGUCCACUGCAACUCUGACUCCAUCCCCACGGGAAGAGAUGCAACCCAUGCUACAGGCUCACCUGGAUGAGUUGACAAGAGCCUAUCAGUUUGAUAUAGCAAAACAAACAUGGCACAUUCAAAGCAAUAAUCAACCUCCACAGCCUCCGGUUCCACCGUUAGGUUAUGUGUCUGGAGCCUUGAUUUCUGAUUUGGAAACGGAUGUUCCAGAUGAUGAUGCUGAUGAUGAAGAGGAAGCUUUAGAAAUUCCCAGGCCCCUGAGAGCACUGGACCAGACACCUGGAUCCAGUAUGGACAAUCUAGACAGCUCUGUGACAGGUUCAAUGGUAAAUGGAUGGGGCUCUGCAUCUGAUGAGGAUCGUAACUUUUCUAGUCAUAGAUCUAGUGUAGGUAGCUCCUCAGAUGGCUCUAUCUUUGCCAGCGGCAGUUUUGCACAAGCACUGGUGGCAGCAGCAGAUAAAGCUGGUUUUAGGCUGGAUGGAACCAGCCUUGCAAGAACAGGAAAAGCCUUCACCUCCUCUCAAAGACCUCGACCUACCAGCCCAUUUUCUGCUGACAGUAACACCAGUGCAGCCCUGAGUCAAAGUCAGAGGCCUCGGCCCACUAAAAAACACAAGGGAGGGCGGAUGGACCAACAACCAGCAUUGCCUCAUCGGAGAGAAGGAAUGACAGAUGAUCUUCCACCACCACCAGAUCCCCCGCCAGGUCAGGGUUUAAGGCAGCAAAUAGGCCCGAGCCAGCAUGCUGGUAACAUGGAAAACUCAACAGAGAGAAAAGGAAGCUCUCUAGAGAGACAACAUGCAUCCAACUUAGAAGACACAAAGAGCUCAUUGGAUUGUCCAGCUAGAACCUCCCUAGAGUGGCAGCGACAAACGCAGGAAUGGAUAAACUCCACAGAACGCCAAGAAGAUAUACGGAAAGCCCCACACAAACAAGGUGUCGGAUCAGAGGAGACAUUGGUGCCCUACAGCAAGCCCAAUUUCCCAUCUCCAGGUGGCCACAGUUCAUCAGGAACCGCUUCUUCUAAAGGAUCCACUGGACCUAGGAAAGCCGAAGUAUUGAGAGCAGGCCACCAGCGCAAUGCCAGUGACCUUCUUGACAUAGGAUAUAUGGGCUCCAACAGUCAAGGACAGUUUACAGAGUAACUGAGAGGAGACAUACAAAGCUGCUCUGAAGGACCAUCAGGUCCAAACUCAUGGAAUUGAUGACACUAAACAGUGCAAUGAACAAUUUCUUUAUUUAUGUACUAUUAAAAGAACUGUAAAUGCAAUGUAAAGACACACAGCCACACAUAUCCCACAGAUAUUUUAAUUGUGUUCUUCUCUUAAGUACACCACCCACCUUAACUCUUUCUUGUCAGGAGUAUAUAAAAAAGAAAGGAAAAACAAAACUCGCCCUACAGGAAGAAAAGGAUUUUCCUCUGUAUAUAAUUUCUUUUGUGCAUUGCUAUGCAAGCUCACUCUUUUUAGCUCUGUUCAUAUUAUUGUCUGUUCUUAUUGGUCUGUUGUACUAUAUGUGAAUUAAUAGGCUGUGGUGCCAUAUAUUAACUUUUAAUUGUGUAACUUUUAUGUUUAAAUUUUGCACUGCAAUUUUAUUUGGUGAUAAGCACAAAUCUCUACUCCUCAUGACAUGAAGAAAAAGACUGAAUGUGAAGGGAGUUUCUGUACUGUAAGCUAGAUUGGAUAAUGAUGGUUGUAACAAAUUAUGUUAGAUGGUUUUCAGUUGGGGUGUAGAAAUAGGAAGAUGCAAAGGAACAAUGGUGUUGGCAAAGUCUUCUUUGAAUAUCAGGGACUGAGUCAAUAAAAAAAAAUAAUAGAAAGGUGGCUUUUACUAUUAACAAAAGCAGGGGUCACCAAAAGGUAGUUUAAGUCUUACGAUUGAAUAUGCAUUAAAAGAUGCAGGUAGCAAAGAUGUAAUAAAUUUGCUUAAAAAAAGAAAUAAAAGUUUUAUUUAGAAUCAAUUUUACCUGUCAUUGUAAUUGACCCAUAUGAGAAUUACAACAAGCAAAAUUAAGGUGUUUCACAAGAGCUGUAUUUAUAAUUACAGUUUUUAAAAAACACUUUCUGAAUUAUCAUAAUUAAGUUCUCCAAAUCAUUAAGUCAGAAUAUAAUAUGAAAUUCCCCAAGGAAGUGAACAAAAUGAACUCUAGAAUAUCUAGCAAAUAGUUAAAGAAGCAAUUUGUUAUUAGGGCAUACUCGAGCUGUUUCCAAAUAAGAACUCUAUUGCAAUAUUUUAUUUCAUUUUUCUAAUACAUGUACAGUACACUAGAGGAUAGAGCUGCAUCACUUAAAUUCAUGACUUAAAAAGUGAUACAAUCUAUAUACAAUUUGUGUUUUAUUUGAUUAAGAAGUGAAGUUUAUGCCACCCAAUGUAUAGCCAAAUUGUACGUGCUUAAAAAGCAGUGCUGAGAGUAUGUUCAGUUCACAGUAAGUAGAUUUAUUGGAAUAAAUAUUUUAUGGUACAUUCUCAGAAAUUGGCUACCAACUAAAAUACGUUUGACCCAUUUUGAAUGAGUAAAUUGAAAAGAAAAAAAUUAAAGGAGAAAAAAAUGCAUGUUUAUAAACUUUUUAAAUAAAACCAAACCUUGUAAGUGGACAUUAAUAAUUGUCCUGCCUCAUUUCUUUUCACGACUUUGACAACAAGAAGUUCCUGAACAUUAGUUAUGUAUGCUCAGAAUAAAUGUGAUUUUAAAAUAUAUGUUAGCUACUGUACAUGUAUAGUCAAUCAGUCAAGUAGAAGAGGACCUUCCUGAAAUUUCCACUUGUGACAUUUUCCCAUGUGUUUCCCGCACAAUCUUAAAUUCUAUUUCUGUCUAUAAGUUCUCCAAUUUUUCCUAUGAUAAGUUCAGUGGUUGGUACAUCUAAAAAAUGUUCAACGUAAUUAGGAUCAGUUCUAAAAUAGGGGACCCCUUUGAAUGACAAUUCACACUCCACGCAUUAUUGGCUCAGUAACCAACUUAUGUCAUGUUGUUAUAACAAAGGGUUAACAUAAUUAAACAUUUCCAUCUUUUUUAUUCCCUGAGACUGCACAGGCAAGUAUAGGAUAUAAUGCUCUUCAUGGGCCCCAACAGCUUUUUGGUGUCAUGUAAUUUAUUUCUUCACUGAAGAGAAAAAGAAUUCUGAGACACAGUUAUUAAACCCUUUAUCAACUUUCUACCCUCAGUGCCUGAAUUCUAAUGCAGUUUGAUUUCUCUGGGACAAGGAGACUGAGGAAGGUGAAAAGUUUCUACGAAGACUGAAUACAUACUUAUUCACAACUUUAGGAUGUGAGGACUUUAAAUAUCUCUUUAUGCAAUUCCCUACAUAACCUCUUUCUAUUUAAAGGCAAAUAAAUUUUGAAGAGGUUUUGUGAUACCUCUUUAGGUUCUCUAUGACCCAGUUUAGUCUAAAGCCUUAGUUCAUUACAUACGUAACACAUAACCUUUGAUCCCUGGCAACUGGUAGGUGUCGAUGAUUAAUAAACCAAGGCUUCGAAGUGAAGUAUGUAUAUACAGAUGACUUUUGGCAUAACAUGGGCAUAGCAUCCUACCUUCCUGAUUAUCUUCAGCAUAUAAAAAUUAACUGUUAUAGUUAAAAUUAUGUCAGUGCAAACCUUGGGGUUACUUGCAAUAUUCUUUUAGAAUAGUCCAUGUUGCCUGUUAAACCUGGUUUUAAACUAAAUGUGCAGUCAUAUUAUGCUCCCAAAAUAUCACCCUUAAGUAGAUUGAGGGCAAAAUAAAAUGUCGUAGCUAUUAAAAAGAGUUCAGAAACAAUUAUUAGAAAUUAAAAACCUUUGUCAACUUGCUACAUGUAAAAAGCUCCUAAUCAGUGUGAGUCAGAUGUCAACAGAGAAACACAAACACGUAUGAGAACCACGGCAGGUUUUCAUUUCAUCGCUGAUUCAAUCAACGUGACUAGAAAUUCACUAAGCUCGCUCUUUCGCAGGUCUAAACAGAGGCCUGCAUGAGGACUGCAAAAGAGAAUCUGGGUGAGAGAGAACGUAAUCUGAUCUUGCACGCAUAGGCAAUGCUGCUAUGCAGUCAUGCCCAGCACAAGCACAGCUCCAUUCACAACAGGAAAAGUCUUCUUUGGGAAAAUAGCUGUAUUGAUGCCCAAACUCAGGUACACCAGUGUAUGCAGGUGGCGUCGCCCUACCCUUCUUCCAAACAUGUUCCAUACAAUUUUUAAAUUAAGGUGGGAUAGUACAGGGGCAUGAAAAGAAUUGACUCCUUCACAGGAUUUGAAUCCAGUUCAAGGGAGGAUAUAGAAAAUUCAAAACCAAUGCAUAAGAUAUCACACAACCAGGAAAAGUAAAACCAUGCAAAGUUUACUUGUUUUAAGUACAAAAAAGAUUUAAUGGUGUUCUAUGUCAUAGUUUAAUGCUCUGAGUAUUUAAAUAUGUUUUCAAUAGGAUUUGAGUUGAAAGUUUGCAAUGUGCUUUUAUGGAACACCUCCCAAUUUCUUUUCAAUAAAUUUAUGUAAUUGUCCAUUGACAAUAUAAUGGUAACAGUACCCUUGAGCUUGAAACUGUGGUUUAUCUUCACUGCUGGGAAUUAACUGCAUCAGUAUUAAAGAUAUGCAGAAACAUAACAUUCACUAAUUUGUUCAUCUGCUUCUGUAUAUUGUUUGUGGAAUUCCAUGACAAGAACUGUUUUAAAGCAACAUGUCUUUCCACAUUAUUUUGCUUCUCUAUAAUGUGUACUUCAAAUGAAACACCAUGCUUUAAAAAAAAAAAAUGAUGUUCAAUUCAUUAUUUUUUUUAAAAUCUCAUAAUUUCAAAAGCAUUUGUUGUGAUUUUAAAGUGUUGCAAGAAAAGGGAUUUUGUGGCCGUGGGUAGACUUUUUAUACUUUGUUUUAUAGAUGGAUUUUUUUUAAAUUGUAGUUUUAAUUAAGUCACCAAGCAGCGUCCAAAAUCUUAAUGUGUUUCAUUUGAUGUUGUUAGCGCAGAGAAGAAAUUGGCAUAAAAUCGAUUAAUAGUAUUGUCAAAGAAUUGUGUAUUGUGUACUCACUGGGAAAAAAUAAAAUAUAUUCACAUUUCAAA